AUGUUGAGUUCCUACACAAAGUUAGGAAUCUACGUAUUCGUGGCUCUCGAGCUUAUGUUGGAUCAUCAAAUAUUGUUGCCAAUUCUUUACCUCUCAGCCUUCAAUUAUGUAAAAAUUUGUUGGCACUCUGGAUCAGCGAAUUUGAUGUAA